GAUAUACAUACAGCCGCCCGCACAUCUUUACAGGCACCAUGUCGAACGCUGUUACACUUUGCAUUUCACCCGGCCCCUCCUGUGUGUCGCAGAUUAGCACAUUUGCGGCGCACAUUGAUCUGCCCUCACCCGCCUUAAGGGUCGACUCUCAGGGCCGGGACUGGAGUUAAAACGACGAUGCGACGGGCUCUCCUCCCACCCGCACUCCUGCUUUUGCUUGUUGAUUUUGUACACGCCGCUCCUUACAACUUUCUUGACAACUACCGCGACCCCACGCCCUCGCCAGAGGACGGCCCCCCAGCUUCGGCGAAAGCCUCGCGAGAUAAGAAUCUCCUGCCCGCGCAAAUCUGUGCCAUUGUCGGUGCCUACGCCGUCACUGUUCUCAUCUGGGGCCUAUUGCUUGUCACAGUCGGAAGAAAAAUGAGGAGGAGAACAGAAAACUCACCCAAGACGCUCGAGCUCGAGCUCGUCACGAAGCGUCGGGACGCCUCACUGCGGAGUCCUACCUCGCCUAUAGGCUCUGCUAGGAGUGUUUCCAGCUGGAGGAAGAUCUUCAAGAAAGAGAAGGACAUUGAGAACGGGGACGCGCCUGAGAGUCCUGUUGCGAUCAGUCCAGUGAUCCAUAGCCCUGGCUCGUUCGACCAGAGAGUGAUUGAGGAGAACAAGGCACGCGCCCAGGCCGAGAUGGAGCGUCUCUACGCCGCUGUCAUGGACCACGACAGGAAGAAGUCCAUCACCUCGCAAGCAAGCCUCGAAUCCAGCGAGCCACAGCCACACUCCCGCCGUCCAUCGGCCAUCAAUACCACCAUGCCAUCACACUCCAACCCCUCCUCCCCGGUAAAGGCCAUCUACCCACCAGGCUUCUCCAACGGUCCAACCACCGCUCCUUUGCCACGCGAGCGCCCCUCAUCCCCCCGCAGCAUCCUCUCCAAGAAAUCCACCUCCUCCAGCAAACGCGGUUUCAACCUCAAAAACCUCCGCAUCUCAGGCCCCAUCCAAAAAUACCCCGGCGAAUUCGCUGACGACGAACGCACCCCCCUCUCCCCGCGCUACUACCACAACCCUGGUGCGCCGCCAUCACCACCCACACAAGCAAAUUCACCCACCACACCGGCGGAUCUUGAGGAAGCCUACGAGCACCUCGACACCGUCCAGCCUCUCCCACAUCCGGCCCCUCAGCGCCAAAACUCGUCAAACGCGCCCUCCCCCACCACCGCGCCGGCGCCGCGCACCAAUCCCACCGUCUCCUUCACCCGCUCCGCAACAUCCUCGCAGAACUCGCUCCCCCUCCGCGGCUACGCCGAGCCCCUCAAGUCGCCAGACCUCCGGACCACGGUGCUGAACCGGCGCACCGACCACCUCAGCAUGAAUACGCCCAAGACGGGUGUGCCCUACACGCCGUACAGCCCGUACAUGCCAUUCACGCCCGUCACGCCCGUCACGCCGCAUCUGGUGACGAAGAAGGAGCGCAAGGCGGCGAAGAAGUGGGAUGGGCGGAAGCAGCCGGAUAGGGGCGACUUGGUGCAGAGUCCCAAGGAUAUCUUUGGAGAUGCGUGGUAGCGAGGGGUGAGGUCGUGAUUCGAUUCUUGACGUAUAUUACAUAUUACCAUUAGGCUUUGUUGGCACGAUGGGAUGGGCUGGGAUGACGACGAUUACGACCUUUAUACCAUUUGUGCUUUGUAUUUAGCUGGGUCCGGACUGUACAGCGGGUUGCUUUCGCUAGCAGGGGGUGGAUGGAGAAGAGGGGCGCAUGGAUUCCUUGCGCCCGGCGUCGACGCAUUAAUCAAACAAGUCAUGACC